UGUUUUCUUUCAUUGAAAAUAAUCAGUAGGUUGGCUAACGUUCGUUGUAUUAGUACGUAUAUGUGCAUUUCGGCUAAAUCAGUUUUGCGAAAGAAAUAAUUUGCGAAACCUCCUACACAUUUUAUAAAUAAAUUUACUAGUUUAGUGAAUACUGUGCUUGGAUUUUUGUGAAAAUGGCCAACGCACCUGUGAAGAAAGUCCCUAUCCAUUUGCAGAGCUCCCAGAACCGACUUCUCAUAAAGAAUGGUCGCGUUGUCAACGAGGAUGGCAUGGAAGAUGCUGACGUUUACAUCGAAGAUGGCAUUAUUAAGCAAGUGGGACGCAACCUUAUAAUUCCUGGCGGUACCCGCACCAUCGACGCCACCGGCUUGCUAGUGAUGCCCGGUGGUAUCGAUCCUCACACCCACUUCGAACUGGAGAUGAUGGGAGCGAAGACUGCUGACGACUUCUACAAGGGUACUCGCGCUGCUGUCGCUGGUGGAACCACUACUAUCAUUGACUUUGUGCUUCCCGAAAAAGGGCAGUCGUUGGUGGAAGCAUAUAACCACUGGCGUCAGAAAGCUGAUAAUAAGGUGUGCUGUGACUACGCACUCCACGUCGGUGUCACGUGGUGGUCGCCAUCCGUGAAGAAGGAAAUGCAGCAGCUGGUAGAGGAACAUGGUAUCAACUCGUUCAAGAUGUUCAUGGCUUACAAGGACGCUUGGAUGCUGAAUGACUACGAACUCUGCCAGGUUAUGGAGACUUGUGUCGAAUUGAAGGCUUUGCCUCUAAUUCACGCUGAAAACGGCAGUAUAAUAGCUCGCAAUACCGAGAAGCUGCUGGCUGCUGGAGUGACUGGACCAGAGGGCCAUGCGUUGUCCAGGGACGAGGAAGUGGAGGCUGAAGCUGUCAACAGAGCUUGUGUUAUCGCUAACCAGAUGAACUCUCCUCUCUACAUCGUCCACGUGAUGUCUAAGAGCGCUGUCCAAGCUCUCCGUCUCGCUAGGACGAGGCAGAAGCAGCCUUUGUUCGGUGAAACCCUGGCUGCCACCAUUGGUACUGACGGCUCCCACUACGGCAACGCGUGCUUCCGCCACGCGGCGGCGCACGUGCUGUCCCCCCCGCUGCGCGCGCGCGACACGCCCGCCGCCAUCGUCGACGCGCUCGCGCAUGACGACUUGCAAAUAAUUGCCAGCGACAACUGCACUUUCCACGAGAAAGACAAAGAGCUUGGGAAAGACAACUUCAGCAAGAUACCCAAUGGCGUCAAUGGCGUUGAAGAUCGGAUGGCUAUUCUCUGGCAGAAAGCGGUUAACACGGGCGCGAUGGACCCGUGCCGCUUCGUGGCGGUGAGCAGCGCGGCGGCGGCGCGCGCCUUCCACCUGUGGCCGCGCAAGGGCCGCGUGGCCGAGGGCGCCGACGCCGACCUGGCGCUGUGGGACCCGCGCCGCGAGCGCACCGUGUCCGCGCACGCGCACCACCACGCCGUCGACUUCAACAUCUUCGAGGGUACUCACGUAAUCGGUAGCCCCCAGUACGUUAUCGUCAAUGGUCGCGUUUGUCUGGACGACGGCGAAUUACGAGUCGUCGAAGGGUUCGGCAAGUUCCUGCCCACGCCGCCCGCCGCGCCGGCCGCGUACGGCGCGCGCGAGCGGACGAGCGACGCGAGCGACGCGCCGCCCGCCGACACGCCCUCCCCGCGCGCCUCGCCCGUCUACACCAACGGGACCCCCACCGAACUGAGCAUAUCGAACAAGCAGAUGGAAGGACUGUCGGUGUCCGGCUGCAGCACUCCCACCGGACGUAAGAUGCGGGAGCCUGGCCAGCGAGACUUGCAAAACUCCACCUUCUCUAUCAGCCAGGAACUCGAAGGCUUGGACACGAAAACAUCAGUGCGUGUCCGAAACCCACCGGGCGGGAAAUCAUCCGGCCUCUGGUAAAACGGUACGAACCGGUUACAGCCGGAACAGAAGAUUGCUUUGCAGCGGCGCUAGUUAUGCUUGUUUGUGGAAAAAUAAAAUAUAAAA